AUGGCACGAUGCUGGUCAGGCUUAAUCCUCUCGGCAUACACAUUUAUAACACUCGCCAACGCGGCUUCGACAAGUCUCUCUCAAGAGAUUACGAAUUUCGUUCCUAAGUGCGCCCAAGAAUGCUUCAUAUCUUUCCUAGAUUCGAAUUUUCCUACAAGCAUUUGUUCCUCGGCGCCUACAUUAGAAUGUCUUUGUUCCCAUAACGGCUUAUCAGAAUUCACAGUGGGCGAGGGGGCGGUGCAAUGCAUAAUCUCGGAGGGCAACAUUGGUUUCUGCAAAGGAAGAGAUGCAUCGAAUUCGGUUGUCCUUGGGGCAUAUUCAAUGUGCAACGGUCAAAACAAUGCUUUGCCAAAUACGCAUGCCACCAUAGUUGCCACACUGAUUAUACCGAGUUCGAGGCCUAGCAUUGUACUCGUCCCACCUUCUGCAACAGCGGUGGCAUCAGCAACGCCCAUUUCUACGCUUAUUACACCAAUUCCGACAACAACGGCAUUAACAUCACCGAAUUCCGGCCCUACUUCAGCAGCACUGCCUUCUGGUUUACCUUCGCCAUCUACUGUCGCUCAACCUGUCCAGACCAACUCCCCGAUCCCCCCUCCCACGUUGACAAAGCCCCAAAUAGUCGGGAUUACAGUUGCGUCUAUUGGCGGAACCGCACUGAUGUUGGGAGUAAUCGCGUUAUUUGCUUGUGUAAGAAGGAAAAGAUUACAAAAGAAUCGUGAGAGCGAUGAAUUCCCAUUCCAAUUGGAGCCGAAAGUUUAUGCGAAAUCUACCAAAUCAAGCAGGUUCAGCCUAAGAAGACCGAAGAAUUUCGGACCGGGAGGAACCUCUAAUGGUAUUGCAGCGAAGGUGGCGCCCCCAGUGCCCCCGCGGCUCGACACAACGAGCCCAAACAUGUUUUCACGGAGAAGCAUUCAUCAGAAUCAUACGAUUGGGUUAGCUAUUUCACCCGAAGGUAAUGCCCAAGUACGAAAGCAAAACAGGCCUUCAUCGAGACUUCUCCCUCCUAAGCCGACUUUGAAGUUGCAAAUGCCUCAGCAGGCAGCGGAAUUUUCGUUUGCUCAAACCGGCCCUAAACCAUCAGCGUUCAAUAGGCCAAGUCCAACCGCUCAGUAUGAAGUGGAUUAUGAUGGUGCGGGUUAUCAGGUACCUCCACCAGUUCCGACCCUAAUAGGAGCAGGGUUAUCAUAUCCAAAACCUGUUCUCAAACAAACAACUGUGGAUAGGCAAAGCACGGCAACACAAUUCGAAGAAGACGACGAAAAUGUAGCCCUGAAGUCCUAUGCACCAAACACGAGGGGGGGUUCAUUUAUCCAGCCCAUUUCUAAGUUUUCGGUUUUAGGUAGACAAAUCACGGCAGCUCAAUUCGUGGAGGAUGAAGAAGCCCGAAAUUCAAACGCAGCUAAGCGCAAAACCGAUCUGAGUAGAAAAAGCACGGCUACUCAGUUCGAGGAAGACGAAGAGAUAUCAGCAAUUUCGAGCGCCCCUAGGAAUGUUUGGACUCGUAGAUCUACAGUUGAGGAAUUGGAUACUGCUAUCGAGCUCUGGCAAAAAUUUAGCCCUAUUGAUCCCGCGGCCGGCCCACCAGCAUUCGUCAUGAAUGCGAGCAACAAAAAUCCUUCCCAGCAAAGACAGUUACACAGCAGCAACUCUAGACCCGCAGAACUAGAAGGGAGUCCUGUAACUCCCGUUUCUCUUGUGAGAGGGAUUGGGAGCUUUUCACAACCCCGCCGACCAAACGAUUACCCGCGUCUAAAGCAACCGGCUCCAGAAUUAGGAGCGUUUCCGAAACCACCACAGCAUCCACCGAAACUCCAGAUUCCUGCUUCGACUACUCGCCCUAUCACUGCCACUUCAUCUGUCUAUUCCACCCGCACUUCCUCUCUCCCAGCAAGCCCAGCGAAAAGUAAUCCUCCAAACGCAACAGUCCCCGCCAUCCCAAAAAUCUGCAAGCAAGAAGGACCCUACGACGCACCCGAAACGGUGAACCGAAAAACCUCAGAGAGUAAAAGCCCAGGAUUGUCACCCAAUGGGCCACGGACCGCCGAAUUAUCACCAGUGUUGGAAUCCCCUUCCAGUGGACGGAGCCCCGUCAGCUACCCCAAGAUCCCCAAACCAGGUCGGUUGUCUGCAGCCGAGAUUAGGAUGGUUCCUCCUCCCCCACAGCCAAAAUUUAGUAUGGCUGCCGAAAAGCCCUGGAUACAAGCCGAGAUAGCUGCACAACGGGAGAGACAGUCACGGCAAGAGAGCCCGCAGCAGCAAUAUUCUUACCAGACUUUCCAAUCCCCAAGGCUCAAUACCUCUUUUCAAUCGGAUUCCCAAAGAUCUGCAGUGGAUAAAUACUAUAUCCCAUCCCCACUAUCUCCUGCCUCGCCUCGCGACCUCUCAUCUCUCCCCUCCCAAUCCCAACGCACCUCACAAGGCAGCAAACAAUUCCAAGCCUCGCUCAGCCUCGCACAAAAGCCUGGAUUAUCUUCCCAAGUGCAAAGCCGCCCACCACGCACAAGUCCCAGCCUUCAACAGGGACCAAACCGCCCACAACUGACCACAAAUCCUAGUAUAGCAUUCCGCCGUUCCUCCUCUGGACUCUCCCAGAUCUCAGAAUUAAGUUCCGAGUCCAAACCAUCGUCCAUAUCAUCCGGGCAAUCCCAUCUGGCGCAGCGUCGUCGAGGGGAACAAAAGGCCGCCGCUCUCGUUCUGCCCUCGCAGUCGGAGCAGAAGCUGCAACAAAAGAAGAAAUGGAUGGUGCUUAAGGAGGAGGAUGUGGAUAAGGCGAAAUCUGAUAAGUGGAGACCGAUGCUUGCACAACAACAUGUUGAGCAGGUGGAGCCUUUUGAGUUACCUGGUACCCCCGGGUGGGUACCGAGACUUACACCUACGAGGAGAGGAGAGGAGUUGUUUCUGAGUGUGGGGUGA